UUUUCAAAUUCAAUUAACCUGUGACGCUGACCCGCCUCUGUGCGAGGGUUCGGCGCGGUCCAGCGCUCUGAUUUCACGCGCAAGCGUUGAUUUAUCUGUCUGUUAACACGGUCGAACAUGCGCGCGCCGUGCUGUGCGCGAGGUCUACAUGACGUGAAAGAGCAGGAUAUUCCUCCAGGACACUUUGAGGGUUACUUCUGCACCUGAAUGCGACCAGAGAGUGAGAACUCGACGAGAAAGAUCGCGCAGGUGUUCAGCAGCCCGAACCUCACGAAGAAUGCAACUUCUCACCUGCGCAUAAGAGGCUGCUGGCCUAUGAAUGGGACUGUGUUGUGGCCAACACUGCUUUCUGUGCUUCAGUCAGGACUAUGUGCUGCCCAUGUGCCACUCUGAAUGCACUGGCCAGCUGUUUGCGAGAGCAGGGAGGGUGGGGCGGCCCACCGGGGGCGAGGCGGAAACAGGGCGAUGCCCUCUCCGUUCCGGAUCGCGGUGCUGGGAGCUCAGGGGGUGGGCAAGACGGCCAUUGUGCAGCGCUUUCUUCACGAUGACUACAGUGAGGUGGCGGUGUCCAGUAAGACCCGGCGGGUGCAUCUUUCUGCCGCAGUGCUCAAUGGUCAUGUGCAUGACCUUCAGAUCACAGAUUAUCCAGCCAUCAGCAGCUUUCCUGUCAGCUCUUUGCAGGAAUGGUCAGAUGUUUGCUGUCGAGGCAUUCGGAGCGCUCAUGUCUACAUUCUGGUUUAUGACAUCUGCUGUUUCGACAGCUUUGAGUAUGUCAAGACCAUGCGGCAGCAGAUCUUAGAGACCAGAGUCAUGGGCUCUGGAGAGACGCCCAUUCUGAUUGUCGGCAACAAGCGUGAUCUGCAGCGAGGUCGCGUCAUCCCCAGACACAGCGUAUCUGACUUAGUCCGAAAAAACUGGAAGUGUGGAUAUGUGGAGUGCUCUGCCAAGUUCAACUGGCACAUUUUACUAUUGUUCGGAGAGGCUCUCCGCAGCGUGGGUUGUGCCCGCUGCAAGCACGUCCAUGCCACCAUCCGUUUUCAGCGGGCACUCAGGAGAGAGCGAUGCGUCCUUAUGUGAGGUUGCCGUUUCUCUUCUAUAGAGCCCAUUCUAAAGCGGUUUAUGGCUAUGGACACUCCGUUAUUGCUCGGGCAGCUGGAAGAGCCGUGAUAACCCUCAUGCCAAGGAACUUAACAUUUGGGAUUCUAACUACGGACAGACAGAUGUGGUUUUGAAACAGGAGCUCCCUGUUGCUUCAUUACUUAAGCCUUCAAACUGAUGUCUCCGCUUUUGGCCUGGAAGAACACAACCAACAUCUCUGCCUCUUAUCUUAGAAAUCCAAACUGCCAAAAGGCUGGUGGAAGGCAACAAAAAUCAGCUUUAAUAUUACACUCUGUCAUUGCUUAUGUUCAGGCCAGGACAGCACAUAGACACUCCUCUAUGCUUAUGAGCUUAAGGAUCUUCCAGUACCUGCAAGCAGAAGUGUUUCCCAGCUCAGGUGCCAUAUGCAGGCACUGAUUUUGCAAUACGCCACACAACACAAAUUAUACAAAGAAUCUAUGUUCUAUGGAUACGUCUGUGUUUUUAAAGGUAUAGUUCAUCGAAACAUGGCAUUAUUUACUCACCUCUGUGUUGUUCCAAAGCCGUCUGACUGUGUUUAAUUUGUGGAACACAAAAAGAGAAAUUUUAAUAAUGUGCUUGUCACUCUUUUCCAUGAAGUUGCAUACAAUAAGGUGCUUUCAAGCUUCAAAGGGGAUGCAAAAACACUUUAUCCAUGUGGCUCUAACACCAUACAAUAGCUUGUGAAAAGAAUAUAUGGAAUUCACCAAUAAUCUUUCCCUCCAGUGAGCUGGAGGAGCUGUGAUAACUCUCUGCUGCAACUGGGAGUUGAGCUGAGUUGAAUUCGAACCAGGAGCCUCAUUUAUAAAAUGCUGCAUAGAAACUGUCCUACAUUUGAUCCUAAGAUCAUCUCUCAAACAUGCAUACAUGUGAUUCAGAGAACAAAUAUGCGCACAAAAAACUUGCAUAUGCCUCUCUUUCAGAUGUGAAAUGUAUCCACUUUUUUCUUCAAUGCAGAAGUAAGCCUAUGGCUGCUAUAGGAAAAUAACGAGAAGAAUAACAAUGUGCAGUAAACGGUAAAACUGUAUGCAUUACAAACCAGUGUGUUUAUAAUUAAGAUAAUACAUUAAAACAAUAUGGUAAAAUACACUAAUAUCAAGCAGCAAAACAAGCUGUUUUGUACAGCUAAAAAAUAGCUGGAUGCAGAUGAGACCGGAAGCCAGGCCCAUAAAGUUUACAAAUGACAGUACCUGCUCUUACGAGAAGAAAAAGGUGGAUAAAUUGCAAAUGAUCUUGAAAUUGUGCACAGCUGAAUGGUUCAGAUCUCCACUUGUAAACGCUGUCAAAUUAAUAACAUUAACAUAUAAUAGAGCAGCAGUCAACAUCCAGAUCCUUUAAAGGGAACCCUGUGUAUUAAGACUUGUAUGGCUUAAUAUAACCUAAAUUAUGUCUCUUACUAAAAUAUGUAGUAGAAAACCUAUGAAAGAUUUACGUUAUUUAAAAUAUCCACAUCGUUGUGUACAUAUUUUGGACUAUGGGGCGCCAUUAUUAUCUGUUGCUGUUUUUACCUCAACACAAUUCGAAAUUACCAAUUUCGAAACUAAAAUACUGAUAUGAUGCCACAUUGUGCAGCUUUUGGUUGUAAUUUUUAGUCGAUGGGCAACAAGAGAAACAAUGUAAGUCUUUACUGCUUUCCUAGCGAUAAGAAGAUAAAAAGAAUAAGAAUUGAAAGUGAAAAGAAUUGGAAAAUGCCUGUGAACAAAUAAAACUUCCUAUACACCUUUGUUCUCUCCACUUCAGCCCUGAUGCUUUUGAGGCUUUUAGUAGAACGCAGCUAUUGAAAGAGCUUACAAACAGUGUAAACAUGCCGACGCUUGUCAUGACACCAUAGCCACUGAAGGACUUUUUCAAAGUCGAUUCACACGAUAUCCAGGGGCGUUUAGACUCUUUGUAGGGAAAAUCGACGGUACAGCAUUUGGUUUAAGCCUAUGCUUAUAUCCAUUGCCACUUGUAAGCUCUUUCUGUAGCUGUGGUCAUCGUAUCAGUAUUUUAUUUUCCAGUUGUGUUGUGGUAAAAAUAGCAACAGAUAGUGCUAGUAGCUCAUCGAGUGAAACCGUUUUACGUAAUCAAAAUAAUGGCGCCCCCCCCUCCAUAAUCCAAAAUAUGUAUAUAACGAUGUCAAUUUUUUAAAAGGGUCAUAUGAUAAGGUUUCUUGUUUCCCUUUGUCUUUGGGGUGUUACAAGCUGUUUGUGCAUAUAUAAGAUCUGUAAAGUUGCAAAGCUUAAAGUCCCAAACCCAGAGAGAUAUUUAUUAUAAAAGUUAUGACUCAGCCACCCCCCCACAUGUUUACAUCACGGUGUGGGUAGAUUUGCACCGCCCAUAUGUAUAUGCAAAGAAAAAGCUGUAACUUUUUAUACCAGCUGUAGUAUUGUUGCGGCCGCCGCCAUGUUGUGGAGACGCUGUGUGUUUCAUUGCGAAAGCGAAAGUAUUUUGUUUAGCCUUCCAAAUGAGUACACAACUAGAAAUCAGUGGUUAAGUUAUAUUUACAACACUGUUCUGAAACAGUACAACACAAAUAUUCAAGUGGGUGCUGUGCAUUUUACAGAGGAUUGUUUCCUGAACCUGAGAGAGUAGCCUACAAUGCCAGCUGUGCACAAAGGGUUAAGGCUAUAAAGUGGGGCAAUUCCAACAUUGCAAGGACAUUCUGGUGCUUCGGACUCACAGCCUGUAAUAAAUUUUCGUAUUUAAAGAAUUUGCUACUGACUAUUCAAACGCGAAUUUUGAGCAGCGUAGAGUAGUGCUUGUUGUUUGUCGUUUCAGUGAUCACAAAUGCAGACAUGGUGUUAUGUUUAUGCUGCGUGACGCAACACGUAAAAAGACAGUAUGAGUCAUUAUAAUCAGUAAUUAUGUCCCGACUGGAUGCAACAAAUGCCUCGUUUAUAAUGGGUUUUAUUGUUUUUGUCUCGUUGCGCCGGGAAACAGCAUCACAACAUGGUAAGGGGCAUAACAUUUCCAUCACACGCUUGAGGUAUUUGGAAACGCCAAUCGGAAAACACCUCACUUUUCAGAACGAUGAGCUUUGUAAAAAUUGAAGCGUUUCAGAAAGGCAGGGCAGAGAGGAGCAACAAUAAUGUACAGUAUGUGGAAAAUUAUGUGUUUUUCUUUUUAGUAACAUCAUAUGACCCCUUCAAAAUAACAUAAAUAUUUAAUGGGUUUUCUACUACAUAUUUAGUACUUCAAAUUAAAUUUUAAAUAUAGUUUUAGUUAACACUAGUGCACAAGUCAUGGAUCUUUUGGUUAUUGGUUAUGGUUGGGUUGGUUAUGGUUAUUUGCAUCACUUUUGAUGCAUGAAAGCUUCAGUCUUCAUUCAUUGCAACUGCAUGGAAUAGUGACUAGAAAAUAAUAGUACAUUCUUCUUUUGCAAGUCAUGAGGAUGAGUAAAUAAUGACAGAUUUUGAACUAUCCAUUUAGAGCAGGGAUGCUCAAAUCUGGCCCACGAGAUCCACUUACCUGCAGAGUUUAGCUCUAACCUUAAUGAAACACACCUGAGCAUGCUAAUUAAUGCCUUCAGGAUCGUUAGAAAAUCACAGGUAGGUGGUUAAGGCUAGAUGUGCACAUCAAUAUAGAGGGUUUGCACUUAUGUCACGGUUUGGUCAAUUACCCGGAUGCGCGGCCAUGUUGGAGAUACUUGGAUGUAAACAACAGCAUGGAUUGCAUGGUUAAUGUACUACUGAAUGCGUUGUUCUGCUAAUUUAUGCUGUCCAAACCACAUAAAAAAUGUGUGGAAGCUGCUAAAUCAUAUAGAGAAGGACUUAGUAAGCAGGAAAUGGUGCAAUGUUUUGACAAACUAAAAUUAAUAGGUGGUAAAUAUACAUACAAGCAAUAUUAAUUAAGAUAUUAGCCCAAAUUUUCACCUACCUACCUGGAAAUUAUAAGAACAAACAUGAAUGUUAUCAAGAUUCUUGCCCUGGAAAUUCUGGUUCAGUUUGGCCAACCACAAACGCCUUUUGAUUCUCAGACAGUUUUUUGCACUCAGCUUCUCACUCUUUUUGGCAGUCUAUAGUACUCCAUUAGUACAGCCCAAAACAUGACAGUGAUUUAGAUCUGCAAAAUAUGAAAGUUUCGUUUAGUUCAGUGGCAUUGUUUACGUUCAGUGCCACCAAUAUGGCCAACUGUUUAUGCGUCGUGAAAAUACACUAUUGUGUUAUUUUUUGUCAUGCUGAACAACAAUAAUUAUGGGGUAUAAGGGGUAGGUUCAGGGUUGGGUUAGGUGUGGACAUUAAUAAAACACAAUCUAAUAGGUAGCAAAUUUAAUUCAUUGUUACUUUCCGCCCGCAGCUGUAUGCCUUAUAGCCACAACUUCACAUGGUAGGUGAGUUUGAUCAGGGUUGGAGCUAAACUCUGCAGCACAUUGGCCCUCCAGGGCAAGAUUUGAUAAACCCUGCUUUAGGGUAUGACUUGAUACUGUGUCUUAUCCCAGUCUAAUUUAUGCCAAGGUAUGAGAAUUUGUCCCACUUUGAAAUGGUGUAGACAUAUUAAAUCGUAUGAGAAAGAGGGAAAUAUCAUUUGAAUGUAAAUGUGUUAUAAAUGUAUGCGCUUACAUUGUGGAUCCCACUUUGUCAUGCAGAGAUCUGGAUGACGUUUGUGUGCGGCAAGGAACAAACUAAAAAUAUGCCCUUCUUUAAUAAUUUAACCCACCGCAUCUCUGGUGCACAAACAGACCAGCUUCUGCUACACACCCCUAGUCAGAUCAAAUACAUGUUCAAUACAAAUUACAUGUAAAGAGCACAUUAGUCUAAUAAACAGACACCGGACACAGAAAAUGCAUCCUCGUCUGUGUGAUGUAUGAGUACAAAAUCAAUACCUACAUCAGUAUCUGCUUCAGAGGUAAUGUA